GAGUUUGAAAGGUUGAAACAGCUGAUGAGAUUAGUACCUCUGGGCUCGGGGGGCAAAAUCCCGCUUAAGCCUUCUUCUUCUUUCUGCGUAGGGCUUUGACUGGGCUACUGCUGUGCAGUGGAGAGCUAUCGGGAGGUCCACCAUUAUCCUUUUAAAUCAAGCGAAUUAAAAUCAGCUUAAUUUUUAAGAUGGCACUGACAGUAAAUCCAAUGGAGGAACCACGGAUGUACCAGCAGACGCUGCUUCAGGAUGGGCUCUGUGACCUUUUGGAGAAUGAUAAGUUUGUGGAUUGUGUUCUAAAGAUCAAGGACAGUGAGUUUCCUUGUCAUCGGUUGGUACUGGCAGCCUGCAGCCCUUACUUCAAGGCCAUGUUCCUGUCAGACCUAGAAGAGAGCAAGAAGCGGGAGAUUGUUCUGGAGGAUGUAGAACCAAGCAUCAUGGGAAUAGUUCUCAGAUACAUCUACACCUCAGACAUCAACCUCACGGAAGAAAACGUACAGGACAUCUUCAGCGUGGCCAAUAUGUUCCAGAUUCCAUCACUGUUUACUGUCUGCGUCUCCUUCCUCAAGCAGAGACUGGGCCUGAGCAACUGCCUAGCCAUAUUCCGACUGGGUUUGCUCCUAGACUGCCCCCAGUUGGCCAUUGAUGCCCGGGACUUCAUUUGCGAUCGCUAUCAAUUGAUAGUUCGGGACGAUGACUUCCACCAGCUGGGCCCAGUUGAGCUGGCUGCUAUCAUUACGUGUGACUCCCUCAAUGUGGAUAAAGAGGAGGUGGUCUUUGAGUCAAUACUGAGUUGGGUGGGCCAUGAUAAGGAGGACAGGCUUAAGGACCUGCCAGACCUCCUUGAGUGUGUACGCUUUCGUUUGAUACCCCUCGACUACUUCUCCAAAAAGGUGGAGAAACACCAGUGGAUAAAGUCCAACCCAGAGAUCAUCAAGAAGUUGGAGCUAGUCAAGGAUGCAUACAAGGGAAAACUACCUGAGGUGAAAAUGUCCAAGGGCAAGACGUCUGACACUAGUGGAGGUGAGAGAGGAUAUGAUGAGGAGGGCCUGCUCCCAGGGAUCCUCAAUGACAACCUACGGUUCGGCAUGUUCCUCAAAACCUUGAUGCUGAUGAUCAGCGACACUGGAGCGGUGGCCUACGACCCAGCAGGGAACGAAUGCUACAUCGCCUCUACAUCCACAAAGAUACCAAAGAACCACUGCAGCCUGCUGACUAAGGAGAACCAGAUUUUCGUGGCCGGGGGGCUUUUUUACAAUGAGGGAGACAAAGACGAACCAAUCAGCUCCUAUUUCUUACAGUUUGACCCCGUGAGCUCCGAAUGGUUGGGGAUGCCCUCUCUUCCCUCCCCCCGCUGCCUCUUCGGAAUGGCCGAGGCAGCGAACUCCAUCUUCGUUGUUGGUGGCAAGGAGCUGAAAGAGGGAGAGCACAGCCUGGACUCGGUCAUGAUCUACGAUCGACAGUCCUUCAAGUGGGGGGAUUCGGACCCACUUCCAUACUCAGUGUACGGUCAUGGUACUGUGUCACAUGACGGGCUAGUCUAUGUCAUCGGAGGAAAAGGAGAAGGGAAAAAAUGCAUGAGAAGGGUGUGCGUCUACAAUCCAAUGAAGUUUGAGUGGAAGGAUCUGGCCCCCCUGAAGACUGCCCGCUCAUUGUUCGGUGUAGCGGUGCAUCAGGGCAAGAUCUAUGUGAUAGCUGGAGUCACGGACUCAGGCCUGACAAACACAGCGGAGGUCUAUGACAUCGCCAAAAACAAGUGGUCCGACUUCAUAGAGUUCCCGCAGGAACGCAGCUCCCUGAACCUGGCAUCCUUGGAUGGCUCUCUCUAUGCGGUGGGUGGCUUUGCCCUGAUGCCCACCGAGAACAAUGAGGAAUACAAACCCACCGAAAUGAACGACAUCUGGAAAUAUGAUGAAGAGGAGGAGAACUGGAAUGGGAUUCUGAGAGAAAUUCAGUUUGCGUCAGGUGCAACCAUACUGGGAGCUCGUCUCAACACCCAACGCCUCACAAAGAUGUAAUCACCACAGUGCCCCCUACUGUCAGACUAAAGUGCUCUCUUAAAACCCAGACCAGUGGAUUGCCUUUAAUUGGCCAUCGGAUCGAUCAGAAUCUGUUCACUGGGCACCACUGAUGAGGGAGUGUGACUCCAGCACCACCAAUGAUUUCUGAACAAAAUCAGCAACGUCACCCACUGUCAUCGGACUUUAUGCAGUGUGCCACAGCCUCAUCCCAGUAAAGGCUGUGACCCCCCCCCCCACUUUCCAGUCAUGCUUUGAGAUUCACCUGUCUACUGAUUUAAAAAGCAGAAUGGUGCCAGAGGAAUAAAUGGGAGUGAUACACCACAGAGGUGAGGAAGGGAACAGUUCUGCUGAGGGUUAUGGGUAAAAAUAAAGUGCCCAAUUAAAGCCCUUUUAAUAAAUCAGGCCGCUAACUGCCUGAUAGCAGCAAGCGCUACACAACAACAUACGAAUCCAAUUCACAGAGUCAAAGUAUUUUAGUAUGUAGUCAGACAAUGAUGAAAGCACCAAUCGAAGUAAUAUUUCUCAAGCAGUUAAACGGGUGACAGUUUCUCACAGCAACUAUGGGUGACAAAAUUUCAUGUUCAAAUCAGACAUCACUUGGUGUUAAAAGUGACUCUACAUGACUCCCUACCUUUGGUAAAAGUACAAGGCAUUUGGUAAAGAAAGAUUUGUAUUUCUUUAUCCCAUUUUAUCAGUGAAUUAUAUUAUAAUUAAAUGUUAUAAUUAAAGACUAUUAAAGCCAAUGAUACAAUCCAACAGAAGACAACUUUUCCAAAUUAGCCAGCAGAGGGAGCCACAAUAUACUGCAUGAGUGACUUAAGGAGUUUUUUUCCAUAUAAAGAAGCACUAUUAUCAUAUACUUUUCUAUCUAGAUGUUAUUAAAAAGAUGUUUUUUUUUUGUUUUUGUUUUUUUUUUACUUUUUUACCCUUAGUAAAUCUUUCACAUUGUGUAUAUGGAUUGCAUAUGUUUGUUAAUUUAGCAUUACAGUAGUCUGAGCAAUAUAUCCUGAGGAGUAGGGACAGAACAGGCAAGGCAGGCAAUUGCCUGGGCCCCCUGCACUGGGUCGAUUACAUUUUACACUGCAACGACAAAUAUGCCUUAUUUGUGUAUUCUGUUUUUCCACAGUAAAGUGAAAAUAAAUGAAUUGUAUUUAUUAAA